AUGGAGAUGAUAUCCGGGGACCCCUACAGCAUAGCUGUGACCCAACAGAGAGUUGACGGGGCGAUUAAGAAAGUCGGAGAAAUCAUAAAAAUCACCCUGUCACUCUCUUUAUGCUCAGUUGAAGACCCGGAUGUAUGCACAGAACGCCUGAAUGUUUUUACUGGAGCUCAGUUCAUCGUUCCGACUGCUACUGGAUGUGGUGGUCACUCUACAUCCCCGCCGUUAGGAGGAUUGGAAAAUCUCGUUGCAACGAUCGAUGGUGGAGGCUUGUCUGAUUUGAUGAAGGAUAUACGGGGAAUAUAUCGGAAGCUGUUGGAUGAUGAUAUCAAUAAAAUGUUGAAUGACCAGUCAUCAGAAGACUUCGAGUCCUAUGAUGUUUGCUUGGACGGAGAAAUGCCAUUUGGGCCGAAAAGUGUCACAUUCUUUGACCUGAAGAUGCAAAUGAUGGUUGGACCUAUUCCUUUGGUAUUCGGCUUUCGCGGUGGGGGUUCCAUCGGUGUUGUCGUUAGCUGUAGGUUCUGCAUCCUCUCAAUGAAAGUAACGGGAGGAGUACGGCCUGAGAUGGGAAUAACUGUAUCUGGUUCACUUGGGGUUGGCUUAGCGAUACUGAGUGCUGAAGUGAGGAUCAUAGGACACAUUAUGACAACUGCUUUCCCAACACGUGUCGGAAUAGGUUUCAGCAAGUUCCCAUUAGAUGCGAGUAUGGGGAUGGAUUUAGAGUUAACACCAUUACGGCUGGCUUUGGAGACAGGUCUCACAAGUUCGAUAGUUGGAGAUAUAUUCAUGAUAAAUGUUUGGCAAUACACGACUCCUGUCCACCGGGUUAUACAUUUAAUAUUCAUUCAUUUAGUAAUUUAUUUUAGAAACCAAAAUCAGCAUUGA